AUGCACAGCUGGGACGCAUUUGUUAACAAAUUUUUUGAUAAGUUUGCUCCAGAUGCGUCAAUCUUCACAGAUGCACGACAAAUUGCAACACCAAGCAAAGUCAUCUUAUCCGAGGAGAAUCCGAUGGAGGAUUAUAAUCCUCCUUUAAUCGAAGAUCAUAAACAACAAGAAUUAAUAAAAAGCUCAUCAAGAUUUGAACCAGAGUUGAAAUUAGCUUCUGUCAAAAGGAUAAUUACUGAUGCAUUCAAAUUCGCCGGAAGACCAAAUCAAAAUGUUAAACAAUGGUUACAGGAAUUUGACGAGGCUUUACAACUGGUCAAGGUUAGUGAUGUAGCUAAAUAUGAGCAAUUGGUUUUGAAAUUAUCCGGUGAAGCCAAAAUAUGGUACCAAAAUAAUAAAUCAUCCCUAUCAACAUGGUCGCAGCUUGUGGAUGGUCUACACCAAACAUUCUCUUUACCGACUGAAAGAGAACUGGCAUUUAAACAAUUGAACAGUCCUCAACAAGGUGCCAAUGAACCAGUUACAACAGUAUGUUAA